UAUUAACAGCUUUCCUCGCCGCUUCUUUUCUCCUCCGCCUUCUUCCCUCCGACACAUCUUGCAAAGUUCUAAAAAGCAUCACGGAGUACGCUUGCUUCCUCUGCAUUUCUCAGUUGGAGCUUGUCUGUGUUUCCCAGUUUCCGUCUUUUUUCCUUUUCCAGUAUUUCCUUAUCCUCCUUUUUUUAUCCAACGCCUCGCUUUCUAGUUCACGGGCCAUCCUCCUCCGCCUCCCCCAACAAGCUCACGCGGCCGUCUUCCAACCUUAAAGUUUUAUCUUUUUAGCUUUGUGGAUUCUCGAGAGUUUGCUUCUGUCUUGUCUACAAAAAACUCGACCGUCUUUCUUGGAUUCUACAAUCUACGUCUCGACAUCCUUGACUCGCCUUCGCCCCACGAGCUCCAAACCCCUCGCAUACCAACUUCUUUAGCAUCUUGCAUCUUGCAUCUCGCCCACAUUCUUCGAUCCUCUCUUCGACAUAAUACCCUCCCCCGAUCAAAUACAUAAUCAUGGCCGACGCAGAGACCACCAACGCCAAUGCCGGCGCCAGCAACGGCGCUGCCCAGCCGCACAUGCCCCCUCCUCUGCAUAUCCCCCAAAACAACAAUCCCAUCCCGACCUCGGUCACUUCACCGACCGAUGGCAGGGAGCCUAUUGAUAUGGACAGCUUGAUGUCCCCCACCACUGCUGCCCUCCGACGUGCUGCCCCUGAGCCUAACAAGAGAGCGCUCUACGUCGGUGGUCUUGACCAGCGUGUCACCGAGGACGUCCUGCGCCAGAUCUUUGAAACCACUGGCCACGUCCAAAAUGUCAAGAUUAUUCCCGACAAGAACGCCAAGGGCUUCAACUAUGGCUUUGUCGAGUACGACGACCCCGGAGCUGCUGACCGUGCCAUGCAAACCCUCAACGGCCGCCGAGUUCACCAAUCCGAAAUCCGUGUCAACUGGGCUUACCAGGCCAACACUGCUGGCAAAGAAGAUACUACUAGUCACUUCCACAUCUUUGUUGGUGAUUUGUCCAACGAGGUCAACGACGAGAUCCUUACCCAGGCCUUCUCUGCUUUUGGCUCCGUUUCUGAGGCCCGCGUCAUGUGGGACAUGAAGACCGGCCGCUCUCGCGGCUACGGCUUCGUUGCUUUCCGCGACCGCCCCGAUGCUGAGAAGGCCCUCAGCUCCAUGGACGGUGAGUGGCUCGGAUCUCGAGCCAUUCGCUGCAACUGGGCCAACCAAAAGGGUCAGCCAUCGAUUGCCCAGCAGCAGGCCAUGCAGGCCAUGGGUCUGACUCCCACUACGCCUUUCGGUCACCACCAGUUCCCCACGCAUGGCGUCGGUAGCUACGACGUCAUCCUGGCCCAGACUCCGGCGUGGCAGACGACCGUCUAUGUCGGCAACCUAACCCCAUACACUACACCCAACGAUGUCGUUCCUCUGUUCCAAAACUUUGGCUUUGUCGUCGAGUCUCGCUUCCAGGCUGACCGCGGCUUCGCCUUUAUUAAGAUGGAUACACACGAGAAUGCUUCCAUGGCCAUUUGCCAGAUGAACGGAUACAACGUCAACGGCCGCCCCCUCAAGUGCAGCUGGGGCAAGGACAAGACGCCUACCGGACCUGGAUUCGAGCCAUACAGCCCUCAAAGCGCCCCUGCUGGCGGCUUCCCCGGCUCCCCUACCUACUACCCUCAGUAUGGUGAUGCCGCUUUCGCUGGCCAGACUGCCUCUCCCGGCGCAUUCAACGGAUAUAACGCCCCCCAGAGCGCCGGUGGUUACGGACGCGGCCAGCCUGGUAACGGCGGACAGUGGGCUCAGGCUCCUGCUGGCCAGAACUUCAACAACGGCUUUGGUGGCUACCAGUCCUAGAAAGAGAGCGCUGGACAGUUGGAGAAGAAGAAAAAUGGUUGUGGUGGACGGUGGAGAAAGCAUGAGCGAGGGAUUGGGAAGUUAAAAGCAGCGUAAGAGGCCGCUGUGACCAGUGAGACCUUUGUUUUCUUUCUAUUUUCCUUGCUGUAUCUUUCUUCUUCUUUUCUUUUUGUUGUCUCUUUUUUGUUUGUUUCAUACGAGAUAUCCCCGUGUGCUAAGCGGUGUCGAUUCCAAGAAUUGCACCACGGCAGAGCGAUGAGCAUUCGUUUCAUUUCUCUGUCUUAUUUUCUUUCUUCUAUUCUCUUUUCUUCUUUUUUUCCCAUCAACGUCAUGGUUUUUGAGCGUAUCUUUUCUUCUUUCUUAAAAACCUUUUCCUUGUUUCCUUUCUGUCUGUCUAUGGUGCAUACGGAUGGGAAGCGGUGCUCUUUCCUUUUCUUGAUGACUGUUUACUCGGUGCGCUACGGCGUAUCCAGCGGAGGCUCUUCUGUUGUAUUCUUUUCUUGGGCUGCGUACAGAACUUUGGGGGAAUUAAAAGUUGGGAUUUUAAGGAAUUAUUUUGGUAGAUUGUUUGACUGAAGCGUAACGUCAGUGAGUUAGCAGGUUGUCUUUAGAAUGGUGACGACAAGGCGAUUGCCAAUGAAAGCGGACGACUACACUUUGAUAUUCGUUUAUGAUAUCUUUAUAUGAGACGUAUAAUCGUGAGCUUCAUUUGCAUAUUUAAUUAUGAUUUCCCUGCUGUAGGUAUGAUCUCGUCGCGUGUUUCAAACUGUGUAUAUGACACGUUGCGUCGAAGCGAAUGAUAAACACUCACUGACGUGAUCGUGGUCAUAUGUUCUAAAAGAAAAUAUCUAUAAAAUUAUACAAGAAAGUUCAGAUGGUAUAGAACCAUAUUUUACACCUUGUCCGCUUGGCAAGUUCUGAAGUCUAUGUCAUUCAUCCCCUUUAUGCAUUGUACAUGCAUGCGUAACAGAUACCCGCCCCAGCGCUGUCUCGUCAGCAGCCCCAUCACAGCGGUCGCCCACUUUGGGUCGAGAAAGUCGAGGUAAAGAAGAAUAAGAACAAAAACCACAUGUAUGGAAAAAUACCGCAGCAAUUACAUCUCCCGCUGUUGUUAUUUUCAGUUCCUCCCUUUUAUUAGCCAAUCAUUUCAGGCGCAUCUAUCUAUCU